AUCAUGAAUAAUAUUUGUACUGUUAUGUAAGUACACAUUAAACCAAAUAUUUUCUCCAGUGACUUGAUGAGUUACCACAACUAAUAUCUUAGUAUAUUAUUUUAGAAUUAAGUUUAGAUCAAAUAUAGAACCAAUGUCAGACAAGACCCACUGGAGUUUACACCCGGGCCCCUAGGGGUCCCCGGACCCCUUUUUUUUUCUUUUUUUUUUUUGCCAACCUCCUGCUGCUGGCUGCAGGUUACACCCACUCCUCUUCUUAUUCCCCGUUCAUGCUCGGGAGUCAACAAGCUUCGUGUUCUUGCACAGUUCGAGCAGAUUUAGCUGAAGUKAAAAACUGAAUCUUUCGUAAGAGAGUGGAUGUUGCGUUCACGGACACGACUCGACUGAAACGAGAAGACGCACAAUAAGGACUAAUAAAUCAGGAUGUGCUGGUUAUACUUGUCCAGUUUAAGCCUGCUUGUGUGUGUUCACAGCUUUACAACAGCCUUUACACUUCAAACCAGAAGCCAUGCAUAUGGGGAGUCGUACUUUGARUAUGUACCUGAUCGCCUUCAGUGGCAGACUGCAGAGGAACUGUGUAAGCAACGCUCCGGGGCCUUAGCAACAGUCUCCAACCCAGCAGAGAACCAAGACCUGGCCAGCUUUCUAAAAUCAUUGAAAAUCUCUCAGCCUGUGUGGGUUGCCAGGAAAGUUUUGAAACACCAGACAAGAAAAUUCACCUUUCUUGAAGGUUUUUUUGAAUCUCAAGAUGAAGAACUUUGGCUAAAUAAAACGUGGACCUUUGAGUUGUUCAAACCAAUAGAAGAUGAAGACUGCAGCGUCUUYGACCCAGUUAUGGAGGUCCGUGGCCUGAGGAACUGCAACUCAUACAGAGGGGCUGUCUGUCAGUUUAAAAAAGAAGACCUGGACAGUUUCAGUUUACCAAAUUCACCAUUCUUCAGUAAACUGAAUGAAGAUUCCAUUACUAGACUGGUAAUGAAGGAGCUAAGUGUCAACACCUCCUGGAGCAGAGAUCUGACCUUGCUGCAGCAGCUGACUCAGGCUGUCUUAUAUAGAAUACAGGCUGACGGCCCUCACCUCCUGACCCCGGCUGACAUCUUCUCCCUCUCCCAGCUGAUUGAUUGGAUUGCAUCUAGUGCCUCCUUUGAAGCAGCUAAUUCAGCAGAGGUCAUGCUGUCCAUUGCUACAAACUAUGUAAACGUUGCCAGUAUGAUGCUGGAGCCGCACAUGGCUACACAGUGGGUUGGCCUGACUGAGGAUGGGGUCAACGUUGGUCCGUUUACUAUUGUCGAGAGCAUUGACAGUCUCACUAAAGCUCUUGCAGACACUCUGUCUGCAGAGCGAAGGGGCUUCACUCUUUCUACUAAAAAUAUAGUCGUGUACUUGAAUUGGCAAAARCUUUCUCAGGACAGCUGUAAUCAAGUCUUCAAGCCAUCUGCACUCAUCUCUCAGCAGCACAGCAGCAGUAGUGUUGAUGAGUUGAUUAUUCCAGACUCUGAACUCCAGAGAAUACACGCACAAGGAUCUGAAGAAGUGAUGUUUAUUCAUACACACUACAACCAUCUCAGUGAGAUUGUGUCUGAAGCAGAGGAGCCUGCACCGAGUGACAAACUAAAAAGUGGUCUCUCAGGUCAGCUAUCUUCUGCUGUCAUAUCAGCCAUGGUUCGAGAUACAUCAAAGGGCCAAACUAUUCCUGUGUCCGUCCAGUACACCCUCUCUUCUUCACAUACGGCAGAAUAUUCGCAGAUAGUUAGUCCUGUUUGUGCCUUUUGGAAUUUCAGCCUAAUACAUACUCACACACAAAGCUGGUCCAAUGACGGCUGCUCAGUGAUCUUUGUCAGCUCUGGUGUCACUUCCUGUCAGUGUAACCACACUACCAACUUUGCAGUCCUGAUGAAUUACCUGGAAUCUAAGUGGAGUCCUGAAGAUAACCUUAUUUUGAGCAAGUUGACAUUCAUCGGUUCUGGUGCAUCUCUGUGUGCGCUGGUGGUUACCUUGAUGCUCUUCACUGUGCUGGAUAUUCCCAAAUCAGAUAGGACUUCAACUCAUAAAAAUCUGUGCAUAGCUUUAAUCUGCGCCCAGGUGAUUCUGCUCUGCAGCGGCUCAGCCAUUCAUAGUAAGGUGGGAUGCACACUUGUUGCUGCACUGCUUCAUCUAUUCUUCAUGGCAGCUUUCAGCUGGAUGCUGGUGGAAGGUCUGUUGCUCUGGAGCAAAGUAGUAGCUGUCAACCUGAGCGAGGAUCAUCAUAUGAAGUAUUACUAUCUCAUCGGCUGGGGCCUGCCAGUGCUGAUAGUUACCAUCACGCUAGCAUCSGCCUUUGAGAAAUACUCAGCUGAUGACUACUGUUGGCUCAGUGUCCAGAAUGGAAUCAUCUGGGGCUUUGUGGGGCCUGUCAUCUUCAUCAUUAUGGUGAAUAUCUUUGUCCUGACCAGAGUGGUGAUYAUCACCAUCUCCACAGCUAAAAGAAGGUCCAUCAUGCUUGGGUUGGGCACGAGUCCUGUUGAGCAAGCCUAUGAGCAAAUCAGGGCUGCAGUGAAAGCAGUGUUGGUGUUGCUGCCGAUCCUCGGACUGACAUGGCUGUGUGGAGUUUUGGUGCCGUUUUCUAUCGUCAUGGCCUACCUCUUUAUCCUGCUUAAUUCCCUACAGGGCCUGUUCAUCUUUCUGAUAUAUGGGGUGUACAACACAGAGGUUCGAAGCACUGUCAACAGGAUCAAGGAGAGGAGGAAAGCACUGAAUUUUUCAAAUUGUGCCAGCUCCCGACCGUCCAGCUCAGUUACUAAUUCCCGUCCUGCAAGUUUGCCCCUUGAGACAACGCAGAGUCAGGAGGAGGAGGAAACCUACUCAAGCAGUAUCACACCAUGCCUUGGAAAAGAGGAGGGGAACAGAGAUCAGUUGCUGAUUGCUGCUGAACCAGAGAUACCAGAAAAGUUCCUGAUUCAAACUUCCAGCGGCCCUCAUCUCGGCAGUAAGAGGUCUCCUGCUGUAGAUGUGGAUGCUUUACCACCUGGCUGUCUUCUUCAUGUUCCCAUGGAGCUCGAGUUCGCAGCUUCCUGUUUUCCUCGCAGUCCUUCAUCUUCAAAAAGCCACGGCCUCGUAGAUGUAGACUGACACGGCUGACUGCAUGUUGACUCUUGUUUCAUUGUGAGAAGGAUUUGUAGCUACUCUUUGUACAAUGUUUUUAUUGUUUUAAAUCAUGCCUUCCUUUUUCUACCUUUUGAAAUACAUUGUCUGUGGUCAAUGAUGAUGAAAUUUGUGCUCAUCUGUGUUGCUGAGAAAUAGAUUUUUUUGUCGGUUUAGAAGUACUUUCAGUGAAGGAUUCACCGUAAGCAGAAUCUUUUUAAAUGUUUUUAAUUAAGUCUUUUUUCUUUCUACAAGGACAUUGUAUUUUGAUAAUAUAAUAUGUUUUUUUGCCUUUUUUCUGUACAGAAAAAAAAUCACAUUGUCCUGUUUGUGAACUCAUUGUGUAACUGUGAUUUAUCUGCAGGAUCUUUCUGCUGAGGACAUUUAUAUGAUCUUCAUCUGUAACCAUCAAAUACAUUUUCUUUAGAUGUCAGCAGAAGGAUAUUGAACAAAAUGGAUUUUUUUAUCUACUACAUUUAUAGCUACAUUUUUUUCAGUCAAAGCUAUAUAAUGUCUUAUUCCAUCAAGUUAAGUUUAUUAUGUAAUAUAUUUUUUCUAGUAUUAAACAAGUGAAAUGAAAGUAGAAUUACUGUUUAGAGAAACUGAGAAUUUGUUGGUAUUAUAAAUAUUUAUUAAAAUGUGAAAAAAAUCUGUCCAAGAACAAGUGCUACUUGGAACAUUCAGAAAAUCUGCAAUGUGGGUGAAAGUCAGAUGAAUUGAAAAGAAACAAUAUUUAGAAAUUUAACUUAAUAUUUCUGCCAAAUACCUGUUAAUGUUUUAUUUUUUUCUCUUUUUGUUUUGUUUGUGGUUUUUUUUGUAUAAAUUGAACUGAAUUGUUCUUUUUUUUUAAAUAAAACUAAAGACUCUUUGCAAACAUUUGGGUCUUAGACGUUUCUCCCUCCUCAUCAUGAAGCUUGGAACUUUUUAAGUUUUGAAUUGAGAAAUAUCCCAUAGGAGGCAAAAUAACUUCAACUACACCCAAUAUGCCCAACAGCUGUUUUUCUUUCUCUUUUUCUUGCAGGGAGGGAUUCUCCAUAGGGUGCAAGGCCUAACGAUUGUGAAAACUGCUGGUUUUGAUUGUUUUGCAGCAAACAGCUGGAUUAUGACAGCAGAGUCACCAAACACACUUCCUCCUAAUUUUACAGAUUCAUAGAACAGCUCUUAGAGCUGAAGCAGACUUGUAUGUGGUGUGAGGUUUACCUUCUAGGGUAUCUGUGCAGGAUUUAAACAAACAACAGAGAAGAUUGUCUGAUCAGGACACACAACAAAUGAGGUGAAGAGAUGGUAAAGCUCAGAAUAAGAAUGGACUGAAGGGAAUUUUCUGUACAUUAAACAUGCCACUAAAAUAAUUUUGACAGUUGCAUCGAUCAUUUAUCAAAAUGUGAACAAAAUGAAUGAAUAAACAUGUUGCAGGAAGCAGAAUAAGGGACACUUUGAUAAAACAGCAACAACUACUGUAUUCUACACAAAGACAAACUCAGCUUCAGAAAAAAGCAGACUGUUAUAAGUGAGGGGGAAAUGAUUCAUUCUGCUAAAUUUGGGCACAAGAUUUAAAAUCACAACUCAUGGGAAAUAUGCAGUCUUUGGUAAACGAGGAAACCAGAAAGAAUUAUUUUCAGGUUGUUAUCCAGUAAGAAAAAAACGGAUGUAACACAAAUAUAUAUAUAUUUUUUCAACGCCUUACAUACAAUGCUUACAGAUCUGCAUGAACAUUUAAAGAACUGGAAAAAAUAAAAAUAAAAAAAUUGUAUUUUUGCUCCAGACCUGCAUCUCAAAACCACUCAUGGAAACAAAACAGAGAGCAUGCUACAGUAAACAAAUUUAUUCUGGCGUUGAAACCUCACGCCAUGUAACACAAAUAUGGUGACCCAGUGACGCAAUAAAUUAUCUUCAUUAUUAUUAGGCGUAACCAGUGACAUACUGUACAUCGAUAAAAGUUAAAGAACUGUAAAUAAGAAAAAGCGAAAUAGAUUUACAAAAAAAGCGAAGUGAAACAAUAUUCUUUUGACAGCAAUGCUAAAAAAAGGUUUGAAUGCCAGCAGACACAGAAAUUAAAAUUGUCUCAUUUCCCUUUGAUUUUAGAGUCUCACGACAUAAUUUAAGUACUGUUCAAAAACAUAUUAUAAAAGAAACUUGAACACUGUACACACACCAAA